AAGAUAGGUUAUGGUCGGUUGAACACAGUUCGAUGGCUGACAGGUACGAAGAUGGGGGAAGGAGGGGGCUGGUUCUUUGCUCUUGGCAGAUGUUCCUUCCGUGCACUCGAGUGUCUUCUUGAUCAAAGCGCUCUCGAUGCAAACCUGUGUCGCCGUCACAUGAGCAGAGACAGGACUUGGGGCAAGUCCGAGAUGUUUUGGAGGGAGUCCGAAGAACUGGUCAGAGAAGCGGAUGACCCCGCCUCUGUACCCCGCCAUAUGAUGGCAUCUAACUGCAUGGGGCGACCCAUCCGUAGAUGCUUACAGAUGCUUUGAGGCUCGAACAUUCAUCGAGAGCAGAUAUAUAGAGCGCCAUUGAGCCUUGUCCUCACCAUCAUUUGACCCCGAAACACCACGAUCAUGUCUUCCGCAGCCUCUUUCCGCCAGCUCAUCGGCAUGUCGCCAUCGACAGCCAGCGUCUCGGACUCCACCCUCAUCAUCAUCGACGCCCAGAACGAAUAUGCCGAGGGUCAAUUGAAGUGCUCCAACACCGCGUCCUCUCGCAAGGUCAUCGCCUCGCUGCUGAAGAAGUACCGCGACGGCAACGGAAAGAUUGUCCACGUUGUGCACGACACACCCGAUGGCGCACCCGUCUUCACACCUGGCACCAAGCUCGCCGAGGAGUUCGAGGAGCUUGCACCAAAGGAUGGAGAGAAGGUUAUCCACAAGAACUACCCUAGCUCUUUUGCCAAAACCGACCUGCACGAGCACCUUGGUGGUGGCAAGAUUGUGCUGACCGGAUACAUGGCGCACGUUUGCGUGUCGACAACAGCCAGACAAGGAGCCGAGCUGGGUUAUGAUGUUGUGUGUGUCGAGGACGCAAUCGGCGACCGAUCGAUCCCUGGAGUCGAGGCUGAGGAGCUGACCAAGACUGCUCUAAACGAGAUUGCCGAUGCAUUCGGUACCGUCAUUCAGAGCAGCGAGAUCAAGUAGACCAUAACACAGAGCUCACUGUCUAUAAUCCUCAAUCUUCCUCAGCAUGUUUCAAUGUGUAGAUGGUC